UUGCAAAACUCGUACGGUACGAGUUACUCAUUCUGGCGUCAGUAUUAUUUUUGGGGAGGGGGCAUCAUCGGAAAUCACAACACUAACGGUAUAUCACUUCACAGCACUAGACUUUGCAUUCCGUAACGUACGGUACGGAUGAUUGAAGCUGUCCUGAUGAGAACAAAUGUUGUCCAAGUUCAGCGGCCACUCAAGUUUUACCUUGUUUUCUUCUCGCUGAUUGCGGUACUAGUUGCUUGUUUUACUCCAUCUCAUGCACAGCAGAAAAAUGGCAACGGCAGCAGCGGCAAAGGCUUUGGAAGGAAGAUAUCGGAGAGAGCAGGGGCAGGUGCCGAUACGACCCCCGAAGGAAGAUAUCUAGAUGCGUUUGGACUAAAACUCGAAGACGGUAAGAAUGGCGAUCGAAACGUUCGUUCCUUGGUAGAUCGAUCACCGGGAGAAAUUUUGCUUGCAAUUCCCUCGGAAGAGAUCAUCACGGUAGAACGGAUCCGUUCCCGCCUGACAGCGUCUUGUGAAACGAAACGAGACGACAACAGACCACACGAGGACGAGGAGGAAGGACUGGCAAUCGGGUUGCUUCGAUUGAAGUACGAUGCAUUGGAUCCUUAUGUAUCUAACGUCUUGCCAAAAAAACAUUUCAAUGCAUGGACAAUGUCCCGUGAUCUCUGGAUGGAGACUUCGGCCGUCUUGCCGAGGUGCUAUUUGGAGACCUUUGAUGCGACGCGCCAGCGUGUCAAUAGAUUUGCUACGGAAACGGCGGCGGCAGCCGAUCACAAAUUCACGGUCGAAGACGCGCUUUGGGCCUUUUCCAUGGUUCGUUCGAGAUCGUUGGCGGUGCCAGAAUUGAACGACGAUGAUAGUGGAAAAAGCGAUCGUAUGCCACUGGCAUUGAUUCCGGGUCUCGAUCUUCUGAACCACAAGUUUGGGGUUGGAACGCAGCUACAACUCGUCGCCGGCGAAGGCAUUUCGGAAUCGAAAUGGCUGCUGUCAACCUCAGAUUCCAUCUCGGCGGGAGACGAGGUUUUUUUAUCCUACGGAGACGAUAAGGACAAUUGGAAACUGCUUCUGACRUAUGGCUUUGCCAUACCCAACAAUCCCAACGCGGUUGUCUUUUGGACGUGGAGCGAUCUCUUGGACGCUGCCCAAACGGUUCGACCGGACACCUUUUCCGAUCGCGUGUGCCGACAGCUCCUGCGUCACCCGCAGCUCGAGGCAUACACCGUGCCAUCGGAACACCGCGCCACCUUUUCGUACGACGCCCAUACGGGCACGCCCCGAGAAUCCUUGUCGAACGGGCUGGCGAUGCUAAACAACCUGGCGGCCCAACUGGGAAAACCCGAAGCCGACAACGACGCGCUGAGCACAGAGGUAUUGGAGGCGCUCAUCUCGCGUCGACUGGAAGAACUGCGGGAGGGACUGAAGCUAUUGACAGAGCAACGAGAGAAACGGAGUGAGGCAACCGACAAACAAGAAGAAUACGCGGAAUGGGAAUCGUUUUUCAGCUCUCUUCUCUUCGCAUUGAAAUCCGAGGAACAACAGCUACAAACACAACAUUAAUAAAAAUGAUUAGAUUAGAUUAGAUUAGAUCA